AUGACUGUUAUCGACAAACCAGACGAAGUCUAUCCCCCGAUCCCCGUAUACGGUGGCCGAUGGACUCCGCCAAAGCGCCUUCUGGACUGCUACAACCACAUGUGGAUUGACACAGACGUGUGGGAGCUUCCAGAAAAUGUUACCUAUGAGCUCUACAGCCAACCAACGCGCGGUCCCGGAGCCCAGGGCUCCUAUCUGGUCGUCCUACCACCCGGCUACAAUGACUUAGAUGUAAACGGAGAACGAUACCCCGUACUCUACUGGCUACAUGGGGGCUUUUCAUGCUCCCGCCAUGCGCUGUGGUCACUCCAAUUUUAUGCACGCAAAAUGGAGCUGGGCACUAUGCCCAAGGUGAUUUUGGUCGCACCACAGGCGUUGCCAAAAGGUCGCUGGAUCAACAGUUACGACGGCAGCCGCCGCCUUGGGGACAUCAUGCGCCACGAUCUCGUCACAGGCAUUGAUGAGCGGUACAGGACCAUUAGACAUCCAUCAGCGCGUUGGCUGGAGGGUCACUCAGCAGGCGGUUAUGGUGCCUUCAACCUUGGUCUCAAGUAUCCCGAUGUUUUCGGAGGCGCCUUGUCGUCACUUGCUGGCUCAUUCAGAACCGAAUUAGCCAAGGAGGGCCUUGAGGUUACUUACGACACCUACAACGGCUCGCAGGAAUUUUUCACCUCUAAUCAUGCCCUCACGCUUCUGAAGGGAAUCCUCCCUCAGGUCCAUCGCGACAAGCCGGAGCUGCGGUUGCUCAUUGGCGGCGAGGAUAUUAGACUACGCGAAGCACAUGAGCACAUGUGGACCAGCUUGGACGCUCUGGGCGUGCCUUACACGAAAGCUAUUGUCCCGGGAGCUCCCCACACAGCAGAGCAUGUCCUGGGGGGCCUGAACAACGAUGGACUCCAAUUUUGGUGGAACGCACGGGCAAAGGUUGUUGACGCCUGA